AUGUAUGCCUUUCCUUGGCUGCUCCUUUUCCUGCUGCUCCAGGAGGCCAAAGGAGACUCUGGAGAUGAUGUGGAUCCUGAGGAAGUGGUUGCGGUCCUUCAGGAGUCCAUCAUCCUCCCCCUGGAAAUACCGCCCGAUGAAGAGGUUGAGAACAUCCUCUGGUCCUCCCACAAAACCCUUGCAACUGUAGUGCCAGGGAAAGAGGGACAUCCAGCUACCAUCAUGGUGACCAACCCACAGUACCAGGGCCGAGUGAGCCUCCUGGACCCCAGCUAUUCCCUGCAUAUCAGCAAUCUGAGCUGGGAGGACUCGGGGCUUUACAAGGUUCAAGUCAACCUGAGAUCAUCCCAGAUCUCUAUCAUGCAGGAGUACGAUCUCCGUGUCUACCGACGGCUGUCAAAGCCCCACAUCACCGUGAAGUUUGAGAUCUCUGGGGAAGGUGCCUGCAAUAUGUCCCUGAUGUGCUCUGUGGAGAAGGCAGGCAUGGACGUGACCUACAGCUGGCUCUCCUGGGGGGAUAGCACUUACACAUCCCAUGAAGGCCCUGUCCUCAGCACAGCCUGGAGUCCGGGGGACAGGGCCCUCUUCUACACUUGCAGAGCCAGCAACCCCAUCAGCAACAUCAGUUCUCGCCCCAUCCCUGCUGGGCCCUUCUGUGCAGAUCCUGACUAUGCUUCUGAGAAGCCCUCAACAGACUUCUGCCUCUUGACCAAGGGAUUGCUCAUCUUCUUGCUCUUGCUAAUUCUGGCCAUUGGGAUCUGGGUCAUCCAAGUCUGGAAAAGAUGCAGAAUGCCAAGGAUGAAGAAACUCAGGAGAAACAGAAUGAAAUUGAGAAGGAAGGCAAAGCCUGGCUCUAGCACUUCCUGACUGCUCCUUGGGAACCCCAGUCUUGAGCUUGGUUUCUUCCCAGCACCCAGAGAAUGCUUCCUCAACUUCCUUCUAGGGGAAGGAGGUGCUCGGGGGUGGAUAUGCAGUGAGCCAUGCUUCUGAGGGAAGAUUGGCUGCCAAUAAAGUCAAAUUAGGCGACCACAA